GGGCACGGGGACGCGGCUGCCUCUCUGCAGACUGGGCAUUGCCCAAGUGUCUGACUCCUCGUGGGAAAACAUGCUCUACAAGGGCGUUUCGGGGAAGUAAAUGCAUCGUAAAGUAUAAAGCUUGAUGCGUGAAGUGUGCAGCUCUGCUUCGCCUAGGAGCAAAAAGAGGUGUUUGCAGUCUGCUGUCAGUAGUUACUAUGAAAGGCUUCACAAGUUCUGUUUGGGGAUGUCAAGUUAGGAGGCAAAAUCAGCGUACCCUGGGACGUAAGACAGCAGUGUCGUGUGCUGGUCGCCUGUUGAUGCGGAAAUUAAUUGCAGAAAAGAUGUGCAUACCUUGGAAUGAAGUACAGUUGCAAAGGACAUCGAAAGGAAAACCUUUCCUGGCCAAUACCAUAUUCGGUAUCAAUUUGAAUUACAACUUCAAUAUCUCUCAUCAAGGAGAUUAUGCAGUCCUUGCAGCUGAGCCUGAGCUUCAAGUGGGCAUUGAUAUAAUGAAGACUAAUUUACCAGGUAGUAGCUCCAUUCCAAAUUUCUUUCACAUCAUGAAGCGACAGUUUACUGAGACAGAGUGGGAUGUAAUCAAGUCUAUGAGUAAUGAAUGGAUGCAGCUGGAUAUGUUUUAUCGGCACUGGGCCUUAAAGGAAAGCUUCUUAAAGGCCAUUGGAGUUGGAAUUGGCUUUAACUUGCAAAGGAUUGAGUUUAAUGUGUCCCCGUUGCAACUGGAAAUAGGGAAGGUGUAUAAGGAGACAAAAAUGCUUCUGGAUGGAGAAAAAGAAGAGGAGUGGACAUUUGAGGAAACCCGGUUAGAUGACCAUCAUCAUGUUGCAGUGGCGCUCGGGAAACAGGCGGGAUUUGUGCAAAAGGAUUCUGAUGUAUGUUCCACGGAGCCUAACCCACCACAGUUUACAUUACUGACUUUUGAAGAUUUAGUUGCAUCUGGUAUUCCAGUUGCACCUGAGGAUUCUGCAUACUGGGACAAUUUUUGUUCAAAGCAGGAGAGUCCAGCGAAACAGAGUUCACAUUCAAGAUAAGAAUGUUUACAAGAAAAAGAAAAUUGUCGAAGUUUUUGUGCUGUUAUUCUACGUAAUUCCAAGUAUGGGAAUAAGUGCACUUGUAUAGAUGAAGCAUGUUUUUCAUUAUUUAAAUUAACAACAUGAUUUUCACCUUUUCAAAACUGAUGCUUUAUCUUAAGGAAGACACAAGUUUCCUUGCUUAAGGAAUUCUGAAUGAAAAGCCUAAGUUGACCACAUGCUUUUUUGCAUCUCCUUGCCUGUGGUUCUCACACUUUGAUAAUUAUCCAUGCUAGGAACAGAAAGCAGAUGUACAAUAAUGUUUAUUAGUCAAGUGUUUAGUAUAUAAAAAUGUGUUUCCAUACUUCAUUUAUGCUGAAGCUUAAAUUAUGAUACUGCUUUUUCUGUUACAAAUAUGAAGGUUUUAUUCUCAGAUGGAUGAAUAAAGCCAAGAGAAUGGGUACAAAUGAACUGCAAAUAUGGGGUGAGAUGAAUAGAGAAACUUCAGAUCUAGGUUUCUGGUGAUAAAGGAAUAAAUUUCAUAUUAGAGAUUAGUUAUUUCUGCAUGGAAUCAGUGUCUCCAACCAGAAUUUUUCUUUCAUUGGAAAGAGUUUUAAAAGUAUUAAUGACAUUAUUUAUAAUAUUGUGCUUGCAUCCAAGUAGAGGACAAACAAAUUUUAUUAAAUGAGAAAAUUCCACUUGGUUUGCUUUCCAGGAAUAUGAUAGUUUUCAGAACUGUAUUGAAUUAGAAAGGUUACAAAACAAAAAGUGUUUGUUUUGGUUAGUUUUCCAUGAAAUAAAAUCACAGUUUCCAGUGGUUCAGACAGAAUCACGUAGAAGAUUGCAGUUGCUCACAUUAGGAUUUUUUCCAAGUCUUUAAUUUACACUGAACUAUUUGAAAAGUAAGAUUAAUCUCCUUUUUAAUCUUAGACAGCAAUGAGGUUAGGUAAUGGAAAUGCCUUGUGAAGAGCCACUUGAGUCAUGUUGUUUCAUGUCACUGCAAAUUGGACAGAACUGUUACACUUCCUUUUACCACUGUGAGAAAGAGCAGCUGGAUAGUUGUAGAAUUACCAGCUAAAAGCACACUCCUAAAAGGCCACAGGACAUUCCAACUCCUUAUGAAUGUGAAUGAUCCUUCUCAAAGUCAUCAGAAAUUUUUCUGGGCAUCUAUGAUAUGGAGGCACAUAUUGAAACAAGUGUGGUUAGUGUGUACAGAUAAAUUAAUCUCACAGUUCUAAGAUUAAUGUUUCAGGGGUUUUUAUAUUUCACCAUCACAUUUUUCAGUGUUAUAAACAUAAUUGAGCCAUAUAUCCACACAUGCCCAUAACACUGACUUCCUUGCUUUUCCUCACAAUAUGGUCUUAAUGGCUACAGAGUUCCUCUGCCGUUUUAGAAAUGCUGGUCCAGCACAGCUCCAGCUUCCCUCACUAGUUCAAGUUGUUGGCCAAGUCCAGUGCAGCUGAGCUGACCUUUGCUGUCUCCCAUCAUUGUUCUGCAAGAAAUGUACCUGUUACAUCAAGAAGCCUUCGGACCUUUAUGUUCUCCAGAGCUCCAUUCCUUCAUCUUUUUUGUUUUCUAGAUACUGUCCUUGGCAUGACCGUAUCACAUACCUGGAUCCUAGAGGGUAAGAAGUUGCAAAAUCACAAGCUCUGCGCUUCAUGAGCCUUUUCCAGCAGGGUCUGUGGCUAGGUAGUCUUUUUCCCUGUGGAACAGGAAUGCCCAGCUUUCCUGUUUCUCCAAGUAGAAAUUUAGAUCAGAUUUGCUGGCCUAGACUAUGUAUCAACCCAGUGUUUUCUGAGAAGUACUUGGAAGUGGUCUCUGAUCUAAAAAAAAGUUUUAAAAGUUUUAGUCUUCAGUGAAAAGAUUGUCAAAAGGGAAUAAAUGUGGUUUAGUUUGGACCCUGAUUAGCUCAGUCUGGUUAGAGCAUUGUGCUAAUAACACCGUGGUUGUGGGUUCAAUCUUGUACAGGCCAUUCUCUCUAUUGUCCUGUUGGGUCCCUUCCAACUGAGAAUAUUCUGUGUCUCUGCGAUUAUAUUGCCUUGUUCAAACUUUUUUGUAUCUUGCAUCAAAAUUGUUUUAGUGGAUUAGGAACUUCAGGGGGCAGAACUGUGUUCAAGACAAUUUACAGUUGUGUGACAAGAGACCAGUACCAUUUGAUUUGAAAAUCUGUAACUUUGAAAAGUGGAUCAUGAGAAUGCACUCCUAACCUUUUACGGAAUCUAUAAAUUUACACAAGAUGCUUAUUGUUACUAUCUUAUGAGAUCAAAUGCACUGAUGUUAAUCAAGUGUGCUAUCUUAGACAAGAAAUCAUAGAUGCUGCAACAGAAGUAGUGUAUAUAUGAUUGUAAUAUAUAUGUUUUUUGAAAAAUCCAGGCAACAGCUCAACUUUAAACAGCCACCUUGACCCAAGACACUGCAAUAAAGCAAUGUUCUGCAAAGAAGAUAGAAAGGAAAAGAUAGUUAAACAAGUCAGCAUAGACUGCCUCUUUGUUGGAGCUUUGCAAGAUUAUAGUACUGCAUUUUACAAAAAAGAUAAGUGGUUCUUGGUUCAGAAUUGAUACAAUCAAGUCUAAAAGAACCUGUCCUCUUUAACUGCUAGCUAGUUCUGCAGGUGUCUAGACUUUCUAAUAUGUGCUUCGUUAUCCUCCAUAAUAUGUGCUAGAUAUUUUGGCUUGCUCCACUCUGUAUAGAAAACAUAGGCAUGAAAAUAAAUUCUGAAUUCUCAAGAGAGAAAACAAUUUAAAAGUGUUUUGUUUUUUCUUCAAAAAGUCACUUUUUGUAAUAUAUUAUUGUCUUGUGGUGUACAUGCAGUUUUCUAUGGCCAGAUGCUAUAUAUGAAACUUAUUUCUUCUAGGAUUGAGUAUAGUUUCUUUACUGAAAUAAAA